CCGAGGGGACGGCCCCGUUGCCUGCCACCCUCCACCCGCCGGGGGCUCUCCUACCUCGCCAUGCCGCCGUGGGGCGCCGCCCUCGCCCUGCUCCUGGCCGCGCUCGCACUGCUUGGCCUGCUGGCCCCGCGGCUGCGGCGCGCCGUCGGAGCGAGGACUCUGCCGGGAGCCCGCGGCCAGGACCACGAGAAGGAGGCAGACGGCCGAGGGGCCGCGGCCCCGUUCAGCGACGGACGGGAGCCGCUGCCCGGCGGCUGCAGGCUCAUCUGUAAACCGUCGGCGCUGGCCCAGUGCCUGCUGAGCGCCUUGCGACGCUCGACUGCGCUGGAGCCGCGCCCGCGCUCCUGGCUCUCUGGGCCCCACCUGCAGACCCUCUGCCACUUCGUGCUGCCGGUAGGGCCGGGGCCUGAGCUGGCCAGGGAGUACCUGCAGUUAGCGGACGACGGGCUGGUGGCCCUGGACUGGGUCGUGGGACCUUGUCCCCGGGGCCGGCGGGUCACCAACGCAGGGGGCCUCCCCGCGGUGCUGCUGGUGAUCCCCAAUGCAUGGGGGCGCCUCACUCGCAACGUGCUCGGCCUCUGCCUGCUCGCCCUGGAGCGCGGCUACUACCCGGUCAUCUUCCACCGCCGCGGCCACCACGGCUGCCCGCUGGUCAGCCCCCGGCUGCAGCCUUUCGGGGACCCGUCCGACCUCAAGGAGGCGGUCACUUACAUCCGCUUCCGACACCCGGCGGCCCCUCUGUUCGCGGUGAGCGAGGGCUCGGGCUCGGCGCUUCUGCUGUCCUACCUGGGUGAGUGCGGCUCCUCCAGCUAUGUGACCGGAGCCGCCUGCAUCUCGCCCGUGCUGCGCUGCCGCGAGUGGUUUGAGGCCGGCCUGCCCUGGCCCUACGAGCGGGGCUUUCUGCUCCACCAGAAGGUGGCCCUCAGCAGGUACGCCUCGGCCCUGCAGGACACCGUGGACACCCACAGACUGUUCAGGAGCCACUCCCUGCGCGAGUUUGAGGAGACCCUCUUCUGCCACACCAAGAGUUUCCCCAUCAGCUGGGACACCUACUGGGACCACAACGACCCCCUCCGGGACGUGGAUGAAGCCGCUGUGCCUGUGCUGUGUAUCUCUAGCGCCGACGACCCUGUGUGCGGGCCCCCGGACCACUUUCUGCCCACGGAACUGUUUCACAACAACCCCUACUUCUUCCUCCUGCUCAGUCACCACGGAGGCCACUGCGGCUUCCUGCGCCAGGAGCCCUUGCCAGCCUGGAGCCAUGAGGUCAUCUUGGAGUACUUCCGGGCCUUGACUGAGUUCUUCCGAACGGAAGAGAGGAUGAAAGGGCUGAGCAGGCACCGGGUUUCAUUCCUGGGGGGCCGGCGUCGCUGGGGAACCCUGCAGAAAAGGGAGGCCUCUCCCUCUUCCAAUCUGGACGAGAUCUUUAGCUGGAAGCGAUCGUAUACGAGGUGAGACCUGGCCCAAGAAGAGAGCUGGGCAUGCCAGAGUCCUGAAACGGCCGUGAGGACGGAAGGGGGCCUGCAGCUGGAGGCCUUUGCCGCUGAUUCAGCCCCCUCUCUCCUAGACUGGUCUGUGCAAAGAGAUGGAACUUCCAGCAAGCUGGUGCUCACUUUACCCUGAGAACAUGCCUGCCCCAGGCUUUGCUCAACACAUUCCAGCUCUUCCUGGUCCGUAGCUGGGCUGUCACUGUCACGCUCUCCAGUCACCGACCUCCUAAGCCAAAGAAUAGCACCCUUUGAGUCUAUGGACUCGAGAAAAUGCUCCGUCCCUAGCGAGGACCCUAGAGAAAAUGGGUGUAUGUGCGUCAUCGGGAAGCUCUGUCCCACAUAAAUAAUCAGCCCUCCGACCCUG